AUGAGGGAUCCUCAGAGUUCUGACUGACUGAUGGAUGUCCCUCCUCACUUUACUGACCUGCCUGGGGACCUGGACCCGUGUUCAUAAAGCAACUCAGAGUAGAAGUGCUGAUCUCGGAUCAGGUCCCCAAUUGUCCAUAUAAUCGUAUUAAUUAGGAUCUAAAAGGUUAAAUUGAUCCUAGAUCAGCACUGUGAGAUUCUUUAUGAAUAUGGGCGCUGGACACUGGGGCCCUGGAUGAGGGAAGGCUUGAGAGGGGAGUACGAGAUGGACCCUAUCUGAGAAAUACAUAGAAAACAAUAUAGCCUAGAGUAGGGGUCAUCAACUAGAUUCAGCCCCGGGCCAAUUAUUUUCUUGAGCGGAUGGUCAGGGGGCCGGAACAUAAUUACAAAUAAUUUGUAGACUGCAAAUUGACCGCUAGAAGUCCAAACAGAUCUGCCUGUCACCUCCUGUCUGCCUGGUUCAGAGAGGGCUGUCACCUCCUGUCUGCCUGGUCCAGAGAGGGCUGUCACAUCCUGUCAGCCUGGUUCAUAGAGGGCUGUCACAUCCUGUCUGCCUGGUUCAGAGAGGGCUGUCACAUCCUGUCUGCCUGGUUCAUAGAGGGCUGUCACAUCCUGUCUGCCUGGUUCAUAGAGGGCUGUCACAUCCUGUCUGCCUGGUCCAUAGAGGGCUGUCACCUCCUGUCUGCCUGAUCCAUAGAGGGCUGUCACAUCCUGUCAGCCUGGUUCAUAGAGGGCUGUCACAUCCUGUCACCUCCUGUCUGCCUGGUCCAUAGAGGGCUGUCACCUCCUGUCACCUCCUGUCUGCCUGGUCCAUAGAGGGCUGUCACAUCCUGUCACCUCCUAUCUGCCUGGUCCAUAGAGGGCUGUCACCUCCUGUCUGCCUGGUUCAGAGAGGGCUGUCACAUCCUGUCUGCCUGCUCCAUAGAGGGCUGUCACCUCCUGUCUGCCUGGUUCAUAGAGGGCUGUCACAUCCUGUCACCUCCUGUCUGCCUGGUCCAUAGAGGGCUGUCACCUCCUGUCUGCCUGGUCCAUAGAGGGCUGUCACAUCCUGUCUGCCUGGUUCAGAGAGGGCUGUCACAUCCUGUCUGCCUGCUCCAUAGAGGGCUGUCACCUCCUGUCUGCCUGGUUCAUAGAGGGCUGUCACAUCCUGUCUGCCUGCUCCAUAGAGGGCUGUCACAUCCUGUCUGCCUGCUCCAUAGAGGGCUCUCACAUCCUGUCUGCCUGGUCCAUAGAGGGCUGUCACAUCCUGUCUGCCUGGUCCAUAGAGGGCUGUCACAUCCUGUCUGCCUGGUUCAGAGAAGGCUGUCACAUCCUGUCUGCCUGCUCCAUAGAGGGCUAUCACAUCCUGUCUGCCUGGUCCAUAGAGGGCUGUCACAUCCUGUCUGCCUGGUUGAUAGAGGGCUGUCACAUCCUGUCUGCCUGCUCCAUAGAGGGCUGUCACAUCCUGUCUGCCUGCUCCAUAGAGGGCUGUCACAUCCUGUCUGCCUGGUUCAUAGAGGGCUGUCACAUCCUGUCUGUCUGGUUGAUAGAGGGCUGUCACAUCCUGUCUGCCUGGUUGAUAGAGGGCUGUCACAUCCUGUCUGCCUGCUCCAUAGAGGGCUGUCACAUCCUGUCUGCCUGGUUCAUAGAGGGCUGUCACAUCCUGUCUGUCUGGUCCAUAGAGGGCUGUCACAUCCUGUCACCUCCUGUCUGCCUGGUCCAUAGAGGGCUGUCACAUCCUGUCUGCCUGGUCCAGAGAGGGCUGUCACAUCCUGUCUGCCUGGUUCAGAGAGGGCUGUCACAUCCUGUCUGCCUGGUCCAUAGAGGGCUGUCACAUCCUGUCUGUCUGGUCCAUAGAGGGCUGUCACAUCCUGUCACCUCCUGUCUGCCUGGUCCAUAGAGGGCUGUCACAUCCUGUCUGCCUGGUCCAGAGAGGGCUGUCACAUCCUGUCUGCCUGGUUCAGAGAGGGCUGUCACAUUCUGUCUGCCUGGUCCAUAGAGGGCUGUCACAUCCUGUCUGCCUGGUCCAUAGAGGGCUGUCACAUCCUGUCUGCCUGCUCCAUAGAGGGCUGUCACAUCCUGUCUGCCUGGUCCAGAGAGGGCUGUCACCUCCUGUCUGCCUGGUCCAGAGAGGGCUGUCACAUCCUGUCUGCCUGGUCCAGAGAGGGCUGUCAGGGUUUUUGAGGAUGACUUUUUGUGGCACCGGAUAGAAUCACAUAUAGUUAUUUUUAGUUUGAAAUACAUCACAAAUCUCUUUUAGGAUAUUGGAUAGUGGUGUAAAUGAAUUGUACAGUAACGCUGACCUGAUUUUGAAUCUGUCUGGGGCUGUGAUGAAGCGUUAAAGCAUGAACCUUCCUUUGAAAAUUUGACUAUAUGCUAUCAUUGCAUUGAUAGAACAUUGUGUUAUGCUGGUGAAUGAACUGACUUCCGCAUCAGAACACUAAAACCUGUCUGUCUCCUUGAUCCCUUUGUAAUGCCCAAAUCCAGGCAAAUCCCAAUGUUAUUUAAGAAGACUUUGUACAUCUGUAGCAGGGUUUCUGUUAGCCGCUAAUUGCCAGCUUUUGGCCCAAUUUUUUUUAUGAAAAGCCGAUUUAAUAAAAAUAAUACAAAAUAUAAUAAAAAUAAUUACAUAAAUUAUUGUCGACCAAAUUCACCGGGAGAAAAAAAAGAAUCCCAUUGCAAAAUAAUGCUUUUAUUAAUUGAUGGAAAUACCAGUCAAUGGAAAUACAUUUUACCAUCAUGCUUAUCGGUCUAUAGGUCAAAUAAAAUUGUAUUUGUCACAUGCGGCGAAUAUAACAGGUGUUGACUUCACCGUGAAAUGCUUACUUACGAACCCCUUUCCCAACAAUGCAGAGUUAAAAAGUAAGAAAAUUAGCAAAAAGUAACACUAUAGAUAACAAUAAUGAGCCUAUAUACAAAGAGUUCUGGUACCGAGUCACUGUGCAGUGGUACCAGGUAGUAAUGAGACUAUAUACAAGGAGUACUGGUACCGAGUCACUAUGCAGGGGUACGAGGUACAUGUAGGUAGGGGUAAAGGUGACUAGGCAAUCAGGACAGAUAAUAAAGCUGAUUAGAAGCAGCGGAUGUAAAGUGUAUGUGUGUGUGGGUAGAGUCCAGUGAGUGUGUGUGUGGGUAGAGUCCAGUGAAUGUGUGUGUGGGUAGAGUCCAGUGAGUGUGUGUGUGGGUAGAGUCCAGUGUGUGUGUGUGUGGGUAGAGUCCAGUGUGUGUGUGUGUGUGGGUAGAGUCCAGUGAGUGUGUGUGUGGGUAGAGUCCAGUGAGUGUGCAUAGUGGUUCAUGUCCAUAAUGUAGGAACUAAAAUGGCGCAUGUUGUUUUUUGGUCAUCAUGCAUCUUAUUUAUCACACGCCACAGCAUACAGACAGUCUAGUUAGAGCUGAAUAUAACCUCCUCACUAGAGCUGUUGCUGCUGCUCCUCAGCUCAUUGCUCCUGCUGCUGCUCCUCAGCUCAUUGCUCCUGCUGCUGCUCCUCAGCUCAUUGCUCCUGCUGCUGCUCCUCAGCUCAUUGCUCCUGCUGCUGCUCCUCAGCUCAUUGCUCCUGCUGCUCCUCAGCUCAUUGCUGCUGGAGUGAAACAAGUGCUUUUACAUAAGCCCAGUCAUUGCGCUUGCAACAAUUCUAAAUGCAAUCGCAUGUAAAUAACAGUAUUGAUGGCCAUGAUUAAAAAGAGCUACUGUUUUCAUUUCUCAACUGGUAAUUGAAGCACGCCUCCCAUUCGCCAUUCAAGUGUAUAGACAACGGGAGGCAGGCUAUCAGUGCAUAAAGCUGUCAUCAAGGCAAAGAGUGUGCAAAGCUGUCAUCAAGGCAAAGGGUGGCUAUUUGAAGAAUCUCAAAUAUAAAAUAUAUUUUGAUUUGUUUAACACUUUUUUGGUUACUACAUGAUUCCAUAUGUGUUAUUUCCUAGGUUUGAUGUCUUCACUAUUAUUCUACAAUGUAAAAAAAUAGUAAAAAAUUAAGAAAAACCCUUGAAUGAGUAGGUGUGUCCAAACUUUUGACCGGUACUGUAUAUAUUAUAUAUAUUUUUUACAAUAUUAUAAUUUAUUUUAUUGAAAUGGCGGCCUUGUGUGCACUUCCAGUAAUACAAUAUACCCCGGUAUGGUACAGAAACGGUAUGACGGUAUAAUGGUUAUUAAAGCUGCAAUAUGUAACUUUUUGGGCCAACCCGACCAAAUUCACAUAGAAAUGUUAGUUAUAGAUCUUGAAAUCUAAUUGAAAGCAAGUCUUAAGAUGUGCGCUAUUUCUAUGUUUCCCGUUCUUAAGUUUAGUUUUUGCGUCUUUUACUUUCGGUUUUGUCCACCAGCUGAAAAUACAAUAUUUUUGGUUAUGGAAAAUAUAUUUCACAGCGGUUUAGAUGGUGCAAUGAUUCUUUACACUAUACAUUGCUUGUUUUUCACAUAAACUGAAAUUAGGUGAACUAUUAAGAGUUUUAUCAACCAGGAAAUGGUGAAUGAUUUCUGCAUAUUGCACCUUUAAAAAAAAACAAAAAAAUAACACUUGCACACAGACACCCAAUUACAGAUAACCUAAAUGAAGGUGAACACUCCAUGCAGAAUCACCUAUAAUGAGAUGUCAGGGUGUUGGUGUAAUGACACCGCACUGCUGUUUAAAUGUCAGGCACCGAAGGUUAGGAAAUAGGAAUCAACUUUGGACUAUUGAUAUGCAUCCAUGUUGAAGCAUCCCAACUACUACCAGGGGACAGAAUCGUUAAUGGAUCCUCGCUAUUUGAGCCACGUUACAAUUCCCACAGGUUGACCCUAUUGGCGCGAUGCCUAGGAUGUUUGCCAUACGCGCAGCGACCCGGGUUAGCUUCCCUGUCAGAUUAGUGAACAUUAAGACUCAGCGCUCAAUUAGUGUAAUCCCUCUGUUUUAGUCCGGCUUAGACACAGACACACAAGUUGCUGAGGUUAUUGGGUUCACAAUCAAAGUACUAAGGAGAAAAUUGAGAGGGUUUUACUGGGUACUGCUGCACUCAGUUACAAUUCACUCACAUGAGUUGUAUACAUACAACAACAUGCGUUUCAGGCUUUGGGAGCCUCGGGGUGUGUGUGCGUGCUAGAUGUUGUAAUGAUCACUGUCCUGUGUGUGCACUUAGUAACACUUAAUCCUCUUCUUCCUCCUCUUCCUCCUCUUCUUUCUCUUCUCCUCUUCUUCUUUAACUUCUUCUUCCUCCUCUUCCUCCUCCUCUUCCUCCUCCUCAUCUUCUUCCUCUUCCUCCUCCUCCUCUUCUUUAGUCCUCUUCUUCCCUCCAUCCUCUUCUCAUCCUCUCUUCCUCCACUUCCUCAUCCUCUUCUUCUUCCUCUUCUUCCUCUUCCUCCUCCUCCUCAGGGCCGAUGAGAUUGAAAUGGUGAUGACAGAUCUGGAGAGAGCCAAUCAGGUUAGUCUCCACCCCUUUAUGGCCUUGGUCAUUAUUGGAUGUUAUAAACUGGGUGGUUUAAGACCUGAAUGCUGAUAGGCUGACAGCGGUGGUAUAUCAGACCGUAUACCAAGGGUAUGACAAAACAUUAAUUUUUACUCUUCUAAUUACGUUGGUAACCAGUUUACGUUGUCUCUGUCUCUCUCUCUCUGUCUCUCUCUCUCUGUCUGUCUCUCUCUGUCUGUCUCUCUCUCUCUCUCCUCUCUCUCUCUCUCUCUCUCUCUCUCUCUCUGUCUCUCUGUCUGUCUGUCUGUCUGUCUGUCUGUCUGUCUGUCUGUCUGUCUGUCUGUCUGUCUGUCUGUCUGUCUGUCUGUCUGUCUGUCUGUCUGUCUCUCAGAGGGCGGAGGCAGCACAGAGGGAGGCGGACACUCUGAGGGAGCAGCUGACCUCUUCUAACCAAACCCUGCAGCUGACUACCCAGAUCCAGACCACCCCAGACACGGUACGCUGUUAUUGGUUGGUAGAGUAUGGAUUGCUGAUAGAGGUGGAUUUGGUUGGCUGAUUGCUGAUAGAGGUGGAUUUGGUUGGCUGAUUGCUGAGAGAGGUGGAUUUGGUUGGCUGAUUGCUGAUAGAGGUGGAUUUGGUUGGCUGAUUGCUGAUAGAGGUGGAUUUGGUUGGCUGAUUGCUGAUAGAGGUGGAUUUGGUUGGCUGAUUGCUGAUAGAGGUGGAUUUGGUUGGCUGAUUGCUGAUAGAGGUGGAGUUGGUUGGCUGAUUGCUGAGAGAGGUGGAUUUGGUUGGCUGAUUGCUGAGAGAGGUGGAUUUGGUUGGCUGAUUGCUGAUAGAGGUGGAUUUGGUUGGCUGAUUGCUGAUAGAGGGGAUUUGGUGGCUGAUUGCUGAUAGAGGUAGAUUUGGUUGGCUGAUUGCUGAUAGAGGUGGAUUUGGUUGGCUGAUUGCUGAUAGAGGUGGAUUUGGUUGGCUGAUUGCUGAUAGAGGUGGAUUUGGUUGGCUGAUUGCUGAUAGAGGUGGAUUUGGUUGGCUGAUUGCUGAUAGAGGUGGAUUUGGUUGGCUGAUUGCUGAUAGAGGUGGAUUUGGUUGGCUGAUUGCUGAUAGAGGGGGAGUUGGUUGGCUGAUUGCUGAGAGAGGUGGAUUUUCUUUAGUCCUAGGAGCAGAUGCAUUAUGAUCAGUAUACCCCAAAGAAUUGGUUGAUGGAUUGAUUGGUUCAUUGAUUAUUUGAUUGAUUUAUACUUUAACUUAUAGGAGCAGACUGUUGUGAUUUAUAGAUUGAUUUAAUUAUGUAUUGAUUGGUUAAUUGAUGAAUGGAUUGAUGUACAGUGAGGGGGAAAAGGUAUUUGAUCCCCUGCUGAUUUUGUACGUUUGCCCACUGACAAAGACAUGAUCAGUCUAUAAUUUUAAUGGUAGGUUUAUUUGAACAGUGAGAGACAGAAUAACAACAACAAAAAUCCAGAAAAACGCAUGUCAAAAAUGUUAUAAAUUGAUUUGCAUUUUAAUGAGGGAAAUAAGUAUUUGACCCCCUCUCAAUAAGAAAGAUUUCUGGCUCCCAGGUGUCUUUUAUACAGGUAACGAGCUGAGAUUAGGACCACACUCUUAAAGGGAGUGCUCCUAAUCUCAGUUUGUUACCUGUAUAAAAGACACCUGUCCACAGAAGCAAUCAAUCAAUCAGAUUCCAAACUCUCCACCAUGGCCAAGUCCAAAGAGCUCUCCAAGGAUGUCAGGGACAAGAUUGUAGACCUACACAAGGCUGGAAUGGGCUACAAGACCAUCGCCAAGCAGCUUGGUGAGAAGGUGACAACAGUUGGUGCGAUUAUUCGCAAAUGGAAGAAAGAACUGUCAAUCUCCCUCGGCCUGGGGCUCCAUGCAAGAUCUCACCUCGUGGAGUUGCAAUGAUCAUGAGAACGGUGAGGAAUCAGCCCAGAACUACACGGGAGGAUCUUGUCAAUGAUCUCAAGGCAGCUGGGACCAUAGUCACCAAGAAAACAAUUGGUAACACACUACGCAGUGAAGGACUGAAAUCCUGCAGCGCCUGCAAGGUCCCCCUGCUCAAGAAAGCACAUAUACAUGCCCGUCUGAAGUUUGCCAAUGACCAUCUGAAUGAUUCAGAGGAGAACUGGGUGAAAGUGUUGUGGUCAGAUGAGACCAAAAUCGAGCUCUUGAGCAUCAACUCAACUCGCCGUGUUUGGAGGAGGAGGAAUGCUGCCUAUGACCCCAAGAACACCAUCCCCACCGUCAAACAUGGAGGUGGAAACAUUAUGCUUUGGGGGUGUUUUUCUGCUAAGGGGACAGGACAACUUCACUGCAUCAAAGGGACGAUGGACGGGGCCAUGUACCGUCAAAUCUUGGGUGAGAACCUCCUUCCCUCAGCCAGGGCAUUGAAAAUGGGUCGUGGAUGGGUAUUCCAGCAUGACAAUGACCCAAAACACACGGCCAAGGCAACAAAGGAUUGGCUCAAGAAGAAGCACAUUAAGGUCCUGGAGUGGCCUAGCCAGUCUCCAGACCUUAAUACCAUAGAAAAUCUGUGGAGGGAGCUGAAGGUUCGAGUUGCCAAACAUCAGCCUCGAAACCUUAAUGACUUGGAGAAGAUCUGCAAAGAGGAGUGGGACAAAAUCCCUCCUGAGAUGUGUGCAAACCUGGUGGCCAACUACAAGAAACGUCUGACCUAUGUGAUUGCCAACAAGGGUUUUGCCACCAAGUACUAAGUAAUGUUUUGUACAGGGGUCAAAUACUUAUUUCCCUCAUUAAAAUGCAAAUCAAUUUAUAACAUUUUUGACAUGCGUUUUUCUGGAUGUUUUUGUUGUUAUUCUGUCUCUCACUGUUCAAAUAAACCUACCAUUAAAAUUAUAGACUGAUCAUUUCUUUGUCAGUGGGCAAACGUACAAAAUCAGCAGGGGAUCAAAUACUUUUUUCCCUCACUGUAUGUUUUGACCUAUGAGCAGACUGUUGUGAUUGGUUGAUUGAUUGGUGUAUUGAUGUAUGUGUUGGCCUAUAGGACCAGGCAGUGGAGGUGGUGUCCCGCUCCAGUCUGGAGGCAGAGCUGGGGGCCAAGGACAGAGACAUGGUUCAGCUGGUGGAAGAUGUCCAGAGACUGCAGGCCAGCCUUUCUAAACUCAGAGAGAGCUCCACCACACAGAUCACACAGCUUCAACUACAACUGAGCACCAAGACUGCCACCUUCAAGGUAGGCUACAGUGGCUUGCGAAAGUAUUCACCCCCCUUGGCAUUUUUCCUAUUUUGUUGCCUUACAACCUGGAAUUAAUAUGGAUUUUUUGGGGGGUUUGUAUCAUUUGAUUUACACAACAUGCCUACCACUUUGAAGAUGCAAAAUAUAUUUUCUUGUGAAACAAACAAGAAAUAAGAAAAAAAAAAUAGAAAACUUGAGCGUGCAUAACUAUUCACCCCCUAAAAAGACAAUACUUUGUAGUGCCACUUUUUGCAGCAAUUACAGCUUCAAGUCUCUUGGGGUUUGUCUCUAUAAGCUUGGCACAUCUAGCCACUGGGAUUUUUGCCCAUUAUUCAAGGCAAAACUGCUCCAGCUCCUUCAAGUUGGAUGGGUUCCGCUGGUGUACAGCAAUCUUUAAGUCAUACCACAGAUUCUCAAUUGGAUUGAGGUCUGGGCUUUGACUAGGCCAUUCCAAGACAUUUAAAUGUUUUCCCUUAAACCACUCGAGUUUUGCUUUAGCAGUAUGCUUAUGGGUCAUUGUCCUGCUGGAAGGUGAACCUCCGUCCCAGUCUCAAAUCUCUGGAAGACUGAAACAGGUUUCCCUCAAGAAUUUCCCUGUAUUUAGCGCAAUCCAUCAUUCCUUCAAUUCUUACUAGUUUCCCAGUCCCUGCCGAUGAAAAACAUCCCCACAGCAUGAUGCUGCCACCACCAUGCUUCACUGUGGGGAUGGUGUUCUUGUGGUGAUGAACGGUGUUGGGUUUGUGCCAGACAUAGCGUUUUCCUUGAUGGCCAAAAAGCUCAAUUUUAGUCUCAUAUGACCAGAGUACCUUCUUCCAUAUGUUUGGGGAGUCUCCCACAUGCCUUUUGGUGAACACCAAACGUGUUUGCUUAUUUUUUUCUUUAAGCAAUGGCUUUUUUCUGGCCACUCUUCCAUAAAGCCCAGCUCUGUGGAGUGUACGGCUUAAAGUGGUCCUAUGGACAGAUACUCCAAUCUCCGCUGUGGAGCUUUGCAGCUCCUUCAGGGUUAUCUUUGGUCUCUUUGUUGCCUCUCUGAUUAAAGCCCUCCUUGGCUGGUCCGUGAGUUUUGGUGGGCGGCCCUCUCUUGGCAGGUUUGUUGUGGUGCCAUAUUCUUUCCAUCUUUUGAUAAUGGAUUGAAUGGUGCUCCGUGGGAUGUUCAAAGGUUCUGAUAUUUUUUUAUAACCCAACCCUGAUCUGAACUUCUCCACAACUUUGUCCCUGACCUGUUUGGAGAGCUCCUUGGUCUUCAUGGUGUCGCUUGCUUGGUGGUGCCCCUUGCUUAGUGGUGUUACAGACUCUGGGGCCACUCAGAACAGGUGUAUAUAUACUGAGAUCAUGUGACACUUAGAUUGCUCACAUGUGGACUUAAUUUAAAUAAUUAUGUGACUUCUGAAGGUAAUUUAUUGCACCAGAUCUUAUUUAGGGGCUUCAUAGCAAAGGGGGUGAAUACAUAUGCACGCACCACUUUUCCGUUAUUUAUUGUUUCGAAUUUUUUGAAACAAGUUAUGUUUUUCAUUUCACUUCACCAAUUUGGACUAUUUUGUGUAUGUCCGUUACAUGAAAUCCAAAUAAAAAUCCAUUUAAAUUACAGGUUGUAAUGCAACAAAAUAGGAAAAACACCAAGGGGGAUGAAUAAUUUUGCAAGGCACUGUAUAUAUAUACACACACACCUCUCUCUCACUCACACACACACACACACACACACACACACACCUCUCACACACACACACCCGCUCACAACCUCACACGUGUAUGUAAAAGUUGAUUGUCAUUAUACUGUCUGUCUGGGAGUUUCCAUCCUCCUCAUCCAUCAUUCAUUUAAUCUCUUCCCCUCCCUCUCUUCUGUCCUCCCCCUCUCUUCUGUCCUCCCCUCUUCUGUCCUCUCUUCCUCUUCUCCGCCUCCUUCUCUCUCCUCCUCCCGUCCUCUCAUCCUCUGCGCCUCCAGGAUCUCUACCUGCCUCCACUCCUCUCCUCUUCCUCGUCCCCUCUCGCUCUCUCUCCACCCAUAUCCUCUCAUCCUCUCUCUCAUCUCUGCUCUCAUCCUCUCUCUCCUCCUUUCUCUCUUCUGUCCUCCUUCUCCUCGCUCUCCAACCAUAUCCUCUAUCCUCUCUUCUCUCAGUCCUCCUCUCCUCUUCGGUCUCCUCAUCUCUCCUCUCUCCUCUCUUCUCCACCAUAUCCUCUCAUCCUCUGCUCUCAUCCUCUCUCUCCUCCUUUCUCUCCUCUGUCCUCCUCCUCUCUCUCUCUCUCCACCCAUAUCCUCUCAUCCUCUGCUCUCAUCCUCUCUCUCCUCCUUUCUCUCCUCUCCUCUUCUCUCUUUCCCUCCCUCUCUUCUUUCUAGCAACUGGAGCAAAAGCUUCAGGAACAGGCUGACUAUGAGGAGGUGAAGAAAGAGCUCAGGUGAGUAUGCAAACAUGUGUGUUGUACCCUGAGUACGCUGUUCUUGCUCCAAAUACUGACCUAAUUUAGUUAGUGAUUGAUGUCCUAGUAGCCCUGGGGUGUCUGCGGUUCUCUAACAGUGUUACAAGGGAAGCAUGUCCUCUUGCCCUCCGUUCUAUAACUCAGUACUUUGUGUUUAUUAGCUUGGUACUGCGUGUGUGUUUGAAUGGAUCCUUUAUUUGUACAAACCACUGCGGAUAAUCAACCAAAAGGGUAUACCACAAAACAGUAUCAGUGAGUUAGCGAGGUAGAUAUUCAGAAAUGACUUUUAUUUUGAAUUGACUCUACAACCAAAAACACAUAUCUCAGUUUAGCUUUAUUAAUAAACGAGAAAAUCAAUAGUUAUUUCUGGUAGUUUUUUUAAAGUUAGCUGGCGAACACAUGGAACCUGCCCCGUCAUACAGUGGCUUCAGAAAGUAUUCAUACCCCUUGACUCAUGCCACAUUUAGUUGUUACAGCCUUAUUAAAUAUUAUUGAUUAAAUAUAUUUUCAAGAAUUCAAAGUUGAUUAAAAAAUUAAAAAAAUGUUUGCCUAUCUACACACAAUACCCAACAAAGUGAAAACAUGUUUUUUUUUUAACAAAACAGUUUUUCGUUGCUAGACAACCAUUUGCAGGUCUUGCCGUAGAUUUUCAAGUAGAGUUAAGUCAAAACUGUAACAUUGGCCGCUCAGGAACAUUCAUGUCAUUCACUGUGUUCUUGGUAAGCGAUUCCAGUGUAGAUUUGGCCUUGUGUUUUAGGUUAUUGUCCUGCUGAAAGGUGAAUUCAUCUCCCAGUGUCUGGUGGAAAGCAGGCUGAAACUGGUUUUCCUCUAGUCUCCCAGUGUCUGGUGGAAAGCAGACUGAAACAGGUUUUCCUCUAGUCUCCCAGUGUCUGGUGGAAAGCUGACUGAAACAAGUUUUCCUCUAGUCUCCCAGUGUCUGGUGGAAAGCGGACUGAAACUGGUUUUCCUCUAGUCUCCCAGUGUCUGGUGGAAAGCAGACUGAACCAGGUUUUCCUCUAGUCUCCCAGUGUCUGGUGGAAAGCAGACUGAAACAGGUUUUCCUCUAGUCUCCCAGUGUCUGGUGGAAAGCAGACUGAAACAGGUUUUCCUCUAGUCUCCCAGUGUCUGGUGGAAAGCAGACUGAACCAGGUUUUCCUCUAGUCUCCCAGUGUCUGGUGGAAAGCAGACUGAACCAGGUUUUCCUCUAGUCUCCCAGUGUCUGGUGGAAAGCAGACUGAAACAGGUUUUCCUCUUGGAUUCUGCCUGUGCUUAGCUCCAUUCCGUCGUUUACUUUUAUUUAUUUUUUUAAAUUUACUCCCAAGACUUAACGAUGACAAGCACACCCAUAACAGGAUGCAGCCAACACUAUGCUUGAAAAUAUGGAGAGUGGUUCUCAGUAAUGUGUUGUAUUGGAUUUGCCUCAAACAUAACACUUUGUAUUCAGUACAAAAAGGUCAUUGCUUUGCCACGUUUUGUUUGCAGUAUUACUUAAGGGCCUUGUUGCAAACAGGAUGCAUGUUUUGGAAUAUUUGUAUUCUGUACAGGCUUUCUUCCUUUUCACUCUGUCAAUUAGAUUAGUAUUGUGGAGUAACUACAAUGUUGUUGAUCCAUCCUCAGUUUUCUCCUAUCACAGCCAUUAAACUCUGUAACUGUUUUAAAGUCACCAUUGGCUUCAUGGUGAAAUCCCUGCGCGGUUUCCUUCCUCUCCGGGACCUGAGUAGGGAAGGACGCCUGUAUCUUUGUAGUGAUUGGUUGUGUUGAUACACCAUCCAAAGUGUAAUUAAUAACACAAUGCUGAAAGGGAUAUUCAAUGUCUGCUUUUUAUUUGUUUUUACCCAUCUACCAAUAGGUGCCCUUCUUUGCAAGGCAUUGGAAAACCUCCCUGGUCUUUUGUGUUUUGAAUAUGUGUUUGAAAUUCACUGCUCGACUCAGGGACUGCCCAGAACCCGAAAUUAGAAAUAACUUCCUAUGUUAGUAAAUCCAUUAGCUGCUCCUCUGUCACUCGCUCUGCUCAUGGCUCAUGAGAAAGCUCAGAGUAUGGCUGAUAGCUACUUUUCAUCACUCGAGGAACAUUAUUAUUUCUUGAGAAGUAAUCUCUCCUGUUUUAUAUUUGACCAAGUUGAAGCACCUUUGACCACCUACGUUUUGAACCAAGUUCAACCCACACACCGCCCACUCCACCCAGUUAGAGAGAGGGGAAUCUUGGGAGUUGUAGGAAUUUACUCAAAUGGCAAUUGAGAACAUCAGGACUGAGAUAUUUAGACUCAGACAUCGUUUUGAAAUGUGAUUUUGUGUGAAUACGUCUACUCUGGAUUACUGAAAACAACAACAUGGGUAAAAUAUUAUUUUAAUGAGCCAAGUCUCUCUUUCUCUCUCUCUCGCUCCACAGCAUCCUCAAGUCUAUGGAGUUUGGCCCAUCGGACAGCUCAGUGCAGGUACAGAGAAAACUCUUCCUCUUCCUCUGCAUGGAGACAGACAGACUUCUGUAAAUACUGCUGAUGUGAUUACUGAUCAGUAUAUGACAAACCGGAGCGACGCAUAGGAAUACGAGAGCUAGAGAGAGAGAAGCGAGCGAGAGGAGCGAGAGAGGGAGAGGACGACGAGCGCGGAAGCGAGAAGAGAGCUAGAGCGAGCGUAGGAGAAUGGUCGAGAAGGAGGGAGAGGGCUCAAGAGAUGAGGAGAGAGAGAGCCAGCUCGAGAGAGCGAGAGCGAGAGAGAGGCUUAGCUCUCUCUCGAGACCCUCACUCGAGACUCAUGACGCACGAAGAUUUUCUCUAUGCCAGUCUCGCUGUCUUCGUCUCUAUCUCUCUCUCUCUCUCUCUCUUCUCUCUCUCUCUCUACCUUCUACCUUUCUCUCUCUCACUCUCUCUCAGGAGAUGUCUAAACCCCCUGGAAGUGUUGUUGUUGGAGAAGAAUCGUAGUCUGCAGUCUGAGAGUUCCUCUCUGCGAAUCGCAAACACUGAGCUGAGCGGUGAGUCAGUCUGCCCUGGGGGUUAGGGUCUGGGGGUUACAGCCUGGGACCUAAGGUGGUUACCAACACACAGCAUUGAGUCUAAACCAGUCCUUCACUUAGACUGAUAUGGGUCCCUGUACUAUUUGUAUUACGGUGCUAGAUUGGACUGGCUGGGGACAGGACCAGAAUCAGGUGGGUAGUGGAUGGAACCGGUUCUUGUCUGGAAGACUCUUCUUUUAAGUGUAAUUUAAAAACUUAGCUGACACUCAACACUCAAACUGACAUUCUCUCUGAUAAUGAUUUAUUCUGGCUGAAUGUUUUAAUUGUAGUAUCACUAGAAAAACAACAGCAAGAAACCAACCAGUCAUACAAUGAAACCAACCAGUCAUACAAUGAAACCAACCAGUCAUACAAUGAAACCAACCAGUCAUACGAUGAAACCAACCAGUCAUACAAUGAAACCAACCAGUCAUACAAUGUGGAUUGAAUAAAGACUGGAACUCAUUAAAUGUCUUCAUUUCAUAGACAUUCCCACGUGUGUUUUAAAUCUGGCACCAAGGCUUUUUACUGGAGCUGCACGCUGUUCUCCUCUAUUCAGAUUAGGUUUAUAUUUUUUGCUGCUUCAAGUGACAUUUUGUCAGGAUUAAAUAUACCGGAGGGUUCAUAUUCAAAUGUGUGUUGCAGUUGGCAUGAUUAUUCCAUGUUCAGUGCUGACAGAAUUCAGGUAAAGGGGACGUUCACUGAUUUAUCUCUUCAUGUUAAAGUUAGCUGCACAACAUCUUGCAUACCAGAGAUGAGAAAAUAUUAGCUUUUGUGAUAAUGGGAUGUUCCUAUACAAUCCACCUGGCAACAUACUCAGUUUAUAAUGGGAGGUUCCUAUACAAUCCACCUGGCAACAUGUUCAGUUUAUAAUGGGAUGUUCCUAUACAAAAUACCUGGCAACAUGUUCAGUUUAUAAUGGGAUGUUCCUAUACAAUCCACCUGGCAACAUACUCAGUUUAUAAUGGGAGGUUCCUAUACAAUCCACCUGGCAACAUGUUCAGUUUAUAAUGGGAUGUUCCUAUACAAAAUACCUGGCAACAUGUUCAGUUUAUAAUGGGAUGUUCCUAUACAAUCCACCUGGCAACAUGUUCAGUUUAUAAUGGGAUGUUCCUAUACAAUCCACCUGGCAACAUGUUCAGUUUAUAAUGGGAGGUUCCUAUACAAUCCACCUGGCAACAUGUUCAGUUUUAGGAAGACAGAGUGCUUGACUUAGUGUCAACAGUGCUGUGCAGUCUCUACAUUUGGCAUAACUUUUUCCCCGCUGGAUAAUGACUGUUGGCCAUUUUUAUCAAGAGCAGGUUUUUGUACACACACUUUUGUUUGUUGUUGUCUCGACAAAUAACAAUGUCCAAAUCACUGUCUGGAAUGGUAUGAUUAAGUGCCCAGAAAGACUGCAACAUCAAAUUGUUAAUAACAUGACAUUUUUCUGGAGCUAAAGACUGAACAAAGGAUUCAUAAAAAAGCAAUUAAGUUCCUCCUGACAAUGAGGCCAUCACAACCAUAUCCUGCACCCUCACAGACGACCAGUCAGAGCGCUCUAUACUGCCGUCAGGCCCAAUCAGAUUCACUGUUAUACUGUAGCGGUGCAGCCACUCCACCAAUGGUCCCUGAAAAUAGUGAAGACAAGUAACUAAGGGAAGAGAGAUUGGGAGUCCUGACUGGACCCCUCCCUGCCUGCCAGACACAGGGCUGCUGACUGGACCCCUCCCUGCCUGGCAGACUCAGGGCUGCUGACUGGACCCCUCCCUGCCUGGCAGACUCAGGCCUGCUGACUGGACCCCUCCCUGCCUGGCAGACUCAGGCCUGCUGACUGGACCCCUCCCUGCCUGGCAGACUCAGGGCUGCUGACUGGACCCCCCCCUCCCUGCCUGGCAGACUCAGGGAUGCUGACUGGACCCCUACCUGCCUGGCAGACUCAGGCCUGCUGACUGGACCCCUCCCUGCCUGGCAGAUUCAGGGCUGUGACUGGACCCCUCCAUGCCGGCCUGGCAGACCUCAGGGAUGCUGACUGGCCCCCCCCCUCCCUGCCUGGCAGACUCAGGCCUGCUGACUGGACCCCUCCCUGCCUGGCAGACUCAGGGCUGCUGACUGGACCCCCCCCUGCCUGGCAGACUCAGGGCUGCUGACUGGACCCCCCCCCCCCUGCCUGGCAGACUCAGGGCUGCUGACUGGACCCCUCCCUGCCUGGCAGACUCAGGGAUGCUGACUGGACCCCUCCCUGCCUGGCAGACUCAGGCCUGCUGACUGGACCCCUCCCUGCCUGGCAGACUCAGGGCUGCUGACUGGACCCCUCCCUGCCUGGCAGACUCAGGGAUGCUGACUGGACCCCUCCCUGCCUGGCAGACUCAGGGCUGGGCAGCAGCCAUUUUGACUGAUUUAAGUGCUUCCUUUUUUCUUCCAGGUUGUCACUUACAAGAAAGGUUCAAAUCACAAAUGCAUGUGCAUCUUGUCUGGGGGGUUUAGCAAAGAAGAGAGAGAGAAAAUCAAUUUAUUAAAAAAUAAACUUAAUAAAUAACCUUUUUUUAGUUUUUGUAUUUUCCGAUCCCUUUUUUGUUGACUCCCCCAUAAUGCAUUGUGUUUGACCUUUCUUGUAGGGUCAGCCGGGCGGAAAGGGAAAGAGGUGUCCGUGGAGGAGACCACCACACCCAGUACCCCCUCCCAGCCUCCUCCUCUUCUCCCCCACUCCCCCCAGCUCCUCCUGCCCCGGAUCCUCUCCGACCCCCCUAACACCUCCACCACCAACGGGACACACCCCUUCACACCCACGGGUAUCGGCCAGGACUUCUACAGCCCCCCCUUCCCUCUGGUGGGGGGCAAGAUGUCCCUCAACUCCCUCCUGCAGCGCCAGCUCAUGCAGACGUUCUACUCCAAAGCCCUGCAGGAGUCCACUCAGGGAGCAGCUCUGCUGUUCGCCCCUGUCCACUACACCCCUACCUCCACCCCUGGCCCAGGGUCUAGCUCUGUCCCCCUCUCGGCCAGCCCCCUGCCCCCCCAGCAGUCUCCUGCAGGCCCAGAUGUGAGCGGUAGUGGCAGUGCCCCGUCCCCCUCUCCCAGCCAGUGUGAGGGGACCGGGGGCAGUGUGUCUGAUGGGGAGGACAUGGACACCUCAGAGAUCGCCCGGCAGAUCAAGGAGCAGCUGAUUAAACACAACAUUGGCCAGCGGGUGUUUGGCCACUAUGUACUGGGCCUGUCCCAGGGCUCGGUCAGUGAGAUCCUGGCUCGGCCCAAACCCUGGAGCAAGCUGACCAUCCGGGGGAAAGAGCCCUUCCACAAGAUGAGGCAGUUCCUGUCUGAUGAGCAGAACAUCCUGGCAUUACGCAGCAUACAGGGACGGCAGAGAGGUGAGGCAUGUCUGUCUGUCUGUCUGUCUGUGUGUGUGUGUGUUUUCACAAACCUUUCCUCUGUUAAUAUGGUCUAUCUAUUAGUUGUCUUGCGUCACACCUGUGUCUGUCAGUGAGGGUCUGCUGCUUUAGUCAUCCAGAAAGGCCUCCAAGCCUCCCUUAACCAUCCAUGAUCAAUACUGAAACCUUCACACAUCAACGGUAUUGACCAAACAGGAGGGCAGGGCUACAGUUUACCACAGUCACAUUCGAUCGGCCAGACCUGCUGUUUCCGCGUCAGAGCAUUUGAUCUCUGCUCUGUGUGUUUUCAGGGAGUGGACAGACAGACCUUCUUUAAAUGCCUUAACCCUUUGUUUAAGCUGUCAGUCCUAUGUUUACCCUGUCGUACAGUUCAGUAGCUAUGUUUACCCUGUCGUACAGUUCAGUAGCUAUGUUUUGCGUUGAAGUUGAAAGUUGGCGUUGAAGUUGAAGCAACGUGUGUUUUUUGUUUUGACAGAGGGCCCAGGCCAACCCCUUAGCCGUGCACAGGACGCACCGAAGCGGAGAGCCAGCUCUGACCAAGCCUCGCGGACAGGUCUGUCCCUACACACACACUUCUGCUUCUGUCCUUGUGGCGUGGCUUUGGAUGAUGUGUGCCUGUGUUGUGCAUGUAACCCCCCCCACAGUGGGACGUGCAUCAGAGGAAGGCCAACGUGUAUAAUUUAGAGAGUUAAUGAGCAGACAGUCGGUUUCAGCUGUAGGGUGACGUCUGUCUGUCUAUGUGGGGGGUGGGGCGUCUUGCUGUAAUAUCUCUGUAGAUCAACUAUAAUACUGUGCCUUUGUAAACAGUACCUGUUUGAAAUUACCUUUCACUUGGUGGUAUGUCUAACCUCCCUCCCUCUCCCCUUGUCCAGGUAACAUCACCAUAUGUAUCCGUACUCCGGAGUGUGGUUCAGACGAGGCCAUCAAGUCUAUCCUGGAGCAGGCCAAAAGAGAGCUGCAGGUGCAGAAAUCUGGUGAGUGUCCUCUCCUCUCUGCACUAUGGUGGAAUAGGAUGACAGUUGUCCCCACUGGUGGAAUAGGAUGACAGUUGUCCCUUGAUGAUCCAUUAUAUAUAUAUAUAUAUAGUGGUCUUUCUUGUCACAUUCUGUUUGUCUUAUUCAAAGGUCUAAGAAGGUAGUACUCUCACUUUAUUCAGUAUUGGCUGUUAGCGUGUGUGUGUGUGUGUGUGUGUGUGUGUGUGCGCGUGUGUGCGUGCGUGUGUGUGUGAGAGAUACUGUCUCUGAUAUCCGUUGUCUUCUUUCUCCGUCCAGCAGACUUCUCCCAUGGUACUUCCCCUGGUGGGGGGCUGAGAGGAGCAGGAGGAGGAGGUGGUGGUUCGGACGAGGCCAUCCGAUCCAUCCUAAAGCAAGCUCGAAGAGAGAUGGAGGCCCAAAAGGCUGCUGUGGAACCCAUCCUCAAAGCCUCCUCUUCCUCCUCUUCCUCCCAGAGGGACGUACUGGUCUCCCAUCUGGCUGCCUCCUUCCCUGCCUCCACCCCCCUGGCUCUCUCCCUGAAGAAACCCCCCACCGCCCUCCCAGUCUCCCCCUCCUCGCCCUCUACAGUCAUGGACUUCAGCUCUAGUGUGAAGAGGGAGGACAGGGGAGUGUCGAUGCCAGACGGCCUGGCUGACGGGGUGCCCAGGCUGGGUCGGAGCUCCGAGGGGUCUGCCCGGGCUGGAGGGGUGCACUGGAGGGAGCAGUGGUGGAGCAACAUGAACCCAGACCCCCGCAGAGAUAAACCCACACUGGGGGGAGAGGAGAACCACACCCAGGCCUGCAGUGCUACACCUGCACCGGGGGGAGAGGAGAACCACACCCAGGCCUGCAGUGCUACACCUGCACCGGGGGGAGAGGAGAACCACACCCAGGAGGACUCGAAAGAGGUGAGUACCACAGUCAGAAUAUACACACACACCAGCCCUGAGUGAGAACACAGUGACUCACUACUGAAGAGAGGCCUGGUGAGAACACAGUGACUCACUACUGAAGAGAGGCCUGGUUGAGAACACAGUGACUCACUACUGAAGAGAGGCCUGGUGAGAACACAGUGACUCACUACUGAAGAGAGGCCUGGUUGAGAACACAGUGACUCACUACUGAAGAGAGGCCUGGUGAGAACACAGUGACUCACUACUGAAGAGAGGCCUGGUGAGAACACAGUGACUCACUACUGAAGAGAGGCCUGGUGAGAACACAGUGACUCACUACUGAAGAGAGGCCUGGUGAGAACACAGUGACUCACUACUGAAGAGAAGCAUGGGUGAGAACACAGUGACUCACUACUGAAGAGAGGCCUGGUUGAGAACAGUGACUCACUACUGAAGAGCGAGAGGGGGGGGAUCUGGAGUGUCUGCCAGCUUACCUUUGUCUGUCAUCAUUCAUCACAGCCAUCCACACUCCCAUUUUGUCUGUUAGUGUCUCACAGCCUUAAUUUAAAUCAACCCAGCUCUGAAGUUAUCAAUCAGUUUUGAUCCCAAUACAAUUCAGAAUAUACUUAACCUAGUUAAUGUGUGUGUGAGCUUAUGUCUCUGUAUCUGUUUAGCCAUUCCAUAAUGUGUAUGAGUGACUGACGUUUUAUUGUGUGUGUGUGUGUGUGUGUGUGUGUGUGUGUGUGUGUGUGUGUGUGUGUGUGUGUUAGGCACUGUCUCUGUCUCUAGGAAGUAUGUGUGACGGCCUGGGGUCUGGUCGUAAACCCUGGAGCAAGAUUACUUCCAGAGGCCUCCGCAUGCAGCUGUGGCUGAACGGUGAUCUGGGCCAGAACACACACAUCGAGCCUGCUCACAACCAAGGUAAUGGACUGUGUGUGUGUGUGUGUGUACUGUGUGUGUGUGUGUGUGUGUACUGUGUCUUGACAAACAACUGACAGACGUAUGUAUGGCUGACGAUCAUCUCUCAAUCAGGCCCACCUCAAUUUACAGUCAACUGCUGAGCUGUAAAUGAACACCAUUACACUGCUGGCUCAUACAGCUCCACACACAGCCCUGGGUGAGAGCACUGCUCUCUUAGCCUGUUGAUAGCUGUGGGUUGCUGCCAUCAUGUCAGCCUGUCCCCCCCUCCCUUCUCCCUCCCCAGCCCUGGUGUCAGGCCUCUGGGUGGGAGAUGGCAGCAGAGUAUGUCUCUCUCCAGGCGUAAAGAGGACAUAAUCUACACUGACAAUUCUCCAUGACUGCUCCAUUCCAGCCUUCUGCAAAAACAGAACAGAGACAGGGAGGGGACAGAGGGGAUUAUGGGAGGGGAGAGAGAUGAAGAGGGAGAAGGGAUAGAUGCAGAUACCCUGUGAAUACACCCCUUUUGUUGUUUGCCGAUCUGAAGGAACUGGACAAGGUCUUCCAAUGAGUUUAGAGGAGAUUCAGCCACAUUGUUAAUACCUAUUGGGUACUCAGUCAGACCUGCCAACACUGAGGGCUUUGAGGGGGUUUCCUUCUGUCUGGGCUUGUUGACUGCAGUGUGGUAUGAUGUCCCUGGCACUACACACCUCAUUCCACUCAUCAUCAAGCUGUUGAAAAGUGCCAGGUCAAAAACAAAAAAAUGUGCCCCCUUUGGGUGCCCAGGACCAAGAUUAAGAAAACACUUAAAAUCCUUCUUCCUCCUGUGUAACCUACUGUACUGUCUGCUCCUACCCUGUGUUUCCUCUCUUCUCCAGCAGAGGGCACUCCCAGCCAGACCUCAGCCAGCUGCAGCCCUGCCCCGGAGUCUCCACUGAGCUCUGCUGAGGAGUCACUCAAUGGUUUAGUGGGGGACCGGGACCCUCUGCCCCCCCCGGCCCCAUCUCUGGAGCCCCCAUCUGGUGAGCCCUCAGGGGGGGAGUCCCAGCCUGGCACGCCCCUGCCCCUCCCCGGCCCCAUCACAGGCCUCAGCAUCCAGGAGACGAUAGCCAUGUCCCCAGAACUGGACACCUACGUCCUCACCAAGAAGGUCAAGGAGGUGCUGACCGAUAACAACCUUGGUGAGAUUCACAGACCUUUUAGUGUACCUUCUCUCUCUCUGUUUUCUCCUUCCUUCUCUCUCUCUGUUUUCUCCUUCCUUCUCUCUCUCUGUUUUCUCCUUCCUCCUCUCUGUUUUCUCCUUCCUCCUCUCUGUUUUCUCCUUCCUCCUCUCUGUUUUCUCCUUCCUCCUCUCUGUUUUCUCCUUCCUCCUCUCUGUUUUCUCCUUCCUCCUCUCUCCUCACCUAUUUGUCUAUUUUCUAUUUUCCUUCUUUGUCGUUUUCUCUUAGUUUCACCCAAUCUCUUUUUUCCUUUAGAUUAUUCAUGAAUUAUCUCCAAAUACAAGCUUGGAUUUCCCAAUCCAUGGUGGUCUAUUCAGACCUCCAGCCUGACCCCCUGUCGCUCUACCCUCUCUCCCCCCAGGGCAGCGUCUGUUUGGGGAGAGUAUCCUGGGUCUGACCCAGGGCUCGGUGUCUGAUCUGCUGGCUCGGCCCAAGCCCUGGCACAAGCUCAGUCUAAAGGGACGUGAGCCCUUCGUCCGCAUGCAGCUCUGGCUGCAGGACCCACACAAAGUGGAGAAGCUGAUGGACAUGAAACGACUGGAGAAAAAAGGUAAUGAUCUCACAGACAGACAGACAGACCAAACACACCCCGAUGUGCUGAUAGGACCGAUUAUGGACACGGACAAUCACAUGCUUUAUUGGAUGUGACAUCAUGUGACCCUCCAUGGGCCCACUGACAGUCUUCAUCCUCCAUCUUCAUCAUCAUCAAUAAUAAUGUUCCAUUCAUCUACUGCUUCCUGGUUCCUCCCGUUACUGCACUGUUCCAUUCAUCCACUGCUUCCUGGUUACAUUCAUCCACUGCUUCCUGGUUCCAUUCAUCCGCUGCUUCCUGGUUCCAUUCAUCCGAUGCUUCCUGGUUCCAUUCAUCCGCUGCUUCCUGGGUCCAUUCAUCCACUGCUUCCUGGUUCCAUUGAUCCGCUGCUUCUUGGUUCCAUUCAUCCGCUGCUUCCUGGGUCCAUUCAUCCGCUGCUUCCUGGGUCCAUUCAUCCGCUGCUUCCUGGUUCCAUUCAUCCCCUGCUUCUUGGUUCCAUUCAUCCGCUGCUUCCUGGUUCCAUUCAUCCCCUGCUUCUUGGUUCCAUUCAUCCACUGCUUCCUGGUUCCAUUCAUCAGCUGCUUCCUGGUUCCUCCCCUUUCAGCACUGUUCCAUUCAUGAGCUGCUUCCUGGUUCCUCCCCUUUCAGCACUGUUCCAUUCAUCCACUGCUUCCUGGUUCCAUUCAUCCGCUGCUUCCUGGUUCCAUUAAUCCGCUGCUUCGUGAUUCCAUUCAUCCACUGCCUCCUGGUUGCAUUCAUCAACUGCCUCCUGUUUGAUUUCAUCCCCUGCUUCCUGGUUUCCCCAUCAUUUAUCUCUCCCUUGUGAGACUUAAAGGUAGAAACAGAGCGAUGAUGUUGCAUUGCUCUGUUCCUCUCUCAGGCUGUACUGUAGAUAGAUAUGAGAGAAUGACAUCAUUGCUCUGUUCCUCUCUCAGGCUGUACUAUAGAUAGAUAUGAGAGAAAGGGCAGAAGAGCAAAAGUAAUGGACUUCAGCUGUUUGUAAAACAUGAUUUGCUAGUCAAUGGAGUUGGCAAAAGCACAAACAGAUCUCGGACCAGGCCUGGCUUCCCCAGCUGUCUCUGUGCAGGCUGUUAGUGACACCUGACCCCUCACACUGAGCAUGCUGUCGUGACGUGACUUUUAACAGUAAUCUGAUGACUGUUAUUUCUCUAAUUAACUAUGUUUAAUUGUUACCCAAUUUUAAAUUAAUCAUGUAACAAUUAACUCAUUAGGAUUUGGGGCACCACGAGAGCAGUUGUUUAAAGAGUUACCAUCUCCCGAAUUAAACUCUAGAAGGUCUAUCAUCGAUAAACAGUCAACUUAUUAAUCAUAACCUCUUAUCAUAUCAUCAUUCUGAACGUCGUAACCUCCUUGCAUCUGCAAAAACCCCAGCCUUACUUAUGAUUCAGUACUACACAGAUUGGUUUAAUUAUUUAUUUACUAGCUAACUAAAUGGUAACACAGGAUAACAUCCACACUUAAUACAUGAACAACAGGUCCCUAGCAGACUGACAACAACAUGACUGCUUGUUACAAAAGAGAAAGAGGUAGAGAGACCGGGACAGAGACACUUAACGUUGGUACAUUUAGAAACUACUCUCACUUAUAUUUCUCCUGUACUUUGCACUCGAACCGCCGCCCGCUUGGAGUAAGAAAUAAUGAAUGUAUUUACGUGAGGUGCUGCCGUGUAGCUCUCGCUCUCUGAACCGGGCCACCCUGGAAAGGGAGUUGGUCGGGCCAACUCACAGCUCGCUCGUAAGGCUCUGAUUGUCCAACAGUUACAACAAGUCUUCUGUUUUUUUAUAUACACACUCACAUAUACAUAUAUAUAUAUAUAUAUAUAUAUACUGCUCAAAAAAAUAAAGGGAACACUAAAAUAACACAUCCUAGAUCUGAAUGAAUGAAAUAAUCUUAUUAAAUACUUUUUUCUUUACAUAGUUGAAUGUGCUGACAACAAAAUCACACAAAAAUUAUCAAUGGAAAUCAAAUGUAUCAACCCAUGGAGGUCUGGAUUUGGAGUCACCCUCAAAAUUAAAGUGGAAAACCACACUACAGGCUGAUCCAACUUUGAUGUAAUGUCCUUAAAACAAGUCAAAAUGAGGCUCAGUAGUGUGUGUGGCCUCCACGUGCCUGUAUGACCUCCCUACAACGCCAGGCAUGCUCCUGAUGAGGUGGCGGAUGGUCUCCUGAGGGAUCUCCUCCCAGACCUGGACUAAAGCAUCCGCCAACUCCUGGACAGUCUGUGGUGCAACGUGGCGUUGGUGGAUGGAGCGAGACAUGAUGUCCCAGAUGUGCUCAAUUGGAUUCAGGUCUGGGGAACGGGCGGGCCAGUCCAUAGCAUCAAUGCCUUCCUCUUGCAGGAACUGCUGACACAGUCCAGCCACAUGAGGUCUAGCAUUGUCUUGCAUUAGGAGGAACCCAGGGCCAACCGCACCAGCAUAUGGUCUCACAAGGGUUCUGAGGAUCUCAUCUCGGUACCUAAUGGCAGUCAGGCUACCUCUGGCGAGCACAUGGAGGGCUGUGCGGCCCCCCAAAGAAAUGCCACCCCACACCAUGACUGACCCACCGCCAAACCGGUCAUGCUGGAGGAUGUUGCAGGCAGCAGAACGUUCUCCACGGCGUCUCCAGACUCUGUCACGUCUGUCACGUGCUCAGUGUGAACCUGCUUUCAUCUGUGAAGAGCACAGGGCACCAGUAGACAAUCUUGGUGUUCUCUGGCAAAUGCCAAACGUCCUGCACGGUGUUGGGCUGUAAGCACAACCCCCACCUGUGGACGUCGGGCCCUCAUACCACCCUCAUGGAGUCUGUCUCUGACCGUUUGAGCAGACACAUGCACAUUUGUGGCCUGCUGGAGGUCAUUUUGCAGGGCUCUGGCAGUGCUCCUCCUGCUCCUCCUUGCACAAAGGCGGAGGUAGCAGUCCUGCUGCUGGGUUGUUGCCCUCCUACGGCCUGUUCCACGUCUCCUGAUGUACUGGCCUGUCUCCUGGUAGCGCCUCCAUGCUCUGGACACUACGCUGACAUUCACAGCAAACCUUCUUGCCACAGCUCGCAUUGAUGUGCCAUCCUGGAUGAGCUGCACUACCUGAGCCACUUGUGUGGGUUGUAGACUCCGUCUCAUGCUACCACUAGAGUGAAAGCACCGCCAGCAUUCAAAAGUGACCAAAACAUCAGCCAGGAAGCAUAGGAACUGAGAAGUGGUCUGUGGUCACCACCUGCAAAACCAGUCCUUUAUUGGGGGUGUCUUGCUAAUUGCCUAUAAUUUCUACCUGUUGUCUAUUCCAUUUGCACAACAGCAUGUGAAAUGUAUUGUCAAUCAGUGUUGCUUCCUAAGUGAACAGUUUGAUUUCACAGAAGUGUGAUUGACUUGGAGUUACAUUGUGUUGUUUAAGUGUUCCCUUUAUUUUACACUGUAUGUGUGUAUAUAUAUAUACACACAUACAGUGGGGAGAACAAGUAUUUGAUACACUGCCAAUUUUGCAGGUUUUCCUACUUACAAAGCAUGUAGAGGUCUGUAAUUUUUAUCAUAGGUACACUUCAACUGUGAGAGACGGAAUCUAAAACAAAAAUCCAGAAAAUCACAUUGUAUGAUUUUUAAGUAAUUAAUUUGCAUUUUAUUUUUCUACUGUGAUGUUUUACAAAAGUUCUGAACCUUUCUAUUCUCAUUGUUUCUACAGAUUGUAAAUUGAAAAUAAACAUCUUUGCUAAAAGUAUUAUUAUUGAUCGAUUGACUAUGACUUUUCAGAUUACCCAGUAGUGCUAUCUGCAGGGUCAGCUCCAUGCAAAUAUUGCAAUCCUUCAGCCAGUCCUGGACCUGUGUCCAGAAACAAGCUACAAAUGGACAGUACCAAAACAAAUGAUCUAAUGAUUCUGUCUCUUCACAGCCAAUCUGCAGAGCUGGGAAGAUUGUAUCCCCCAUAUAAAUAACAUUCUAUUGGUAGCAAGAAUUUUAUAUAAUAAUUUAAAUUGAACAAUUCUAAGUUUUGAAUCCGGUAUCGUUUUGCGUAUCAGUUCAUAAACACUAUGCCAUGGAUCGGUACGUCAAAAAUCUCUUCCUAACUAUUUUGCAAUCUAUAUGGGACGGCUGUCAAUCUUUUGGUCCUUAAAUGAAACUGAUAUACUUUUUUAUUUAUCACAAUUUUCUUUAACCAAUUAUGUUCUUUAAUGGAAGGCUGACAGACAAGUUCCUUACUUUUUCCUCCUUCCACUUUCCUCUUCCAUUUUUGCGGUAAUGCUGCAAUUAUUUGAUUGUAAGUUUGGGUAGAGCAGACAUUUCCAUAUGUUUUUGUUAGCUGCAUGUGCGACAUAACUCCACCAUUCCUACCGAUAAUAUAAUUUACGAAGAUUAUACCUUUUUUAAGAAAAUAACUGUUUUUUUAUCAAUUAGUAUAUUUCAGUUUAACCACAAUAUUUGUUGCAAUAUUUGUUCUGUCAUUUCUGGAGGAUUAAAUUGAAAUUGCAACCAACUUUCAAUGGCUUGUUUUAGAAAUAGUGAUAUUUGGGAGAUUUCCUUUUCAAAUACCUGAAAGUGAGGCGUUGUAAUCUGAAUAAAGGGAAAAAGUUCCUUCUUGAACAUAGGGUGAGACAAUCUUACUAGUUUGCUAGAGAACCAGUUCGGAUUUAAGUAUAACUUUUGUAUGACUGAAGCUUUUAGUGAUAGGUCUAAUGCUUUAAUAUUUAAUAAUUUCUGUCCUCCUAAUUCAUAUUCAUUAUAUAAAUAUGCCCGUUUAAUUUUGUCUGGCUUGCCGUUCCAAAUAAAAUGGAAUAUUUUUUUCUCAUAUAAUUUGAAAAACUGUUCGCUAGGCGUAGGCAAGACCAUAAGCAAAUAGGUAAACUGGGAUAAUACUAAAGAGUAAAUCAGGGUGAUUUUUCCACAAAUUGACAGGUAUCUUCCUUUCCAUGGUAGAAAGAUCUAAUCUAUUUUUGCUAACUUUCUAUUAAAACAUAUUGGAGUGAGAUCAUUUAUUUCCUUUGGGAUAUGUAUUCCGAGUAUAUCCACAUCACCAUCAGACCAUUUUAUUGGUAAACUACAUGGUAAUGUAAAAUUUUUAUUUUUUAGUGCUCCAAUACGUAAUAUAGUACAUUUAUCAUAAUUUGGUUGUAAUCCAGAGAGGUUAGAAAAUGUAUCUAGAUCCUCUAUGAGGCUUUGGAGUGAUUCAAGUUGUGGAUUUAAAAAAAUAUAUGAAUCAUCAGCGUACAAUGACACCUGUGUUUUUAAGCCCUGGAUUUCUAAUCCCUUGAUAUUAUUGUUGGAUUUGAUUUUAAUAGCUAACAUCUCGAUGGCAAUAAUAAAUAGAUAUGCCGAUAGUGGACAACCUUGUUUCACUCCUCUUGACAGUUUAAAACUUUCUGAGAAAUAGCCAUUAUUUACUAUUUUACACCUAGGGUUACUAUACAUGAUUUUAACCCAAUUUAUAAGAGAUUGUCCAAAAUUGAAAUGCUCCAGGCAUUUAUAUAUAAACUCCAGUCGUACUUUAUCAAAUGCCUUUUCAAAGUCUGCUAUGAAUAGCAGGCCUGGUUUCCCAGAUUUUUCAUAGUGUUCUAUUGUUUCCAGUACUUGCCUUAUAUUAUCUCCAAGGUAUCGUCCCAUGUAAAAAAACCUGUCUGAUUAGAAUGAAUAAUGUCCGACAAUACCUUUUUCAUUCUAUGCGCUAUACAUUUUGCUAGGAUUUUUGCAUCACAACACUGAAGUGUAAGGGGCCUCCAAUUUUGUAAAUGGAGUGGAUCUUUAUAUUUUCCACUUGUAUCCUGUUUCAGUAAUAAUGAGAUCAGACCUUCUUCUUGAGUGUCAGAUAGUCUACCAUUUACAUAGGAGUGGUUAAAACAUGCUAAUAACAGUCCUCUGAGUAUAUCAAAAAAGGUUUGGUAUACCUCGACUGGUAUGCCAUCCAACCCUGGAGUUUUCCCGGACUUAAAGUCUUUAAUUGCAUCCAGAAGUUCCUCCUCUGUAAUUUCACCUUCACAUGAGUCUUUCUGUAUGGCUGUUAAUUUUACAUUAUCAAUAGAAAAACAAUCUCUACAAUUAGCUUCAGUUAGAGGAGAUGGAGGCGACUGAAACGAACACAUAUGCUUAAAGUACUUUGUUUCCUCCUUCAAAAUAUAAUUUGGUGAAUCAUGGGUGACUCCGUCCUUUGUAACCAGUUUCAAUAAAUUAUUUUCGGUAGUAUUUCUAUGUUGAAGAUUAAAAAGAAUUUGGUGCAUUUUUCCCCAUAUUCCAUCCAGUUUGCUUUAUUUUUAUAAUAUAUUACACUUGAUCUUUCUUGAAUAAGUUUCUCCAUUUCUUUUAGUUUUUCCUCCAAUUUAUUCCGAGCCUCUGUGUUAGUUUUUAUUGCUGUCUAUCUGUUCUGUUAGACCUUCUAUUUCCUUUGUUAGUGUGGACUCUUUUGACCUAAAUUGCUUUUGUUUUCGAGAUGAGUACUGAAUUGCAUGGCCUCUAAAGGCACAUUUAAAGGUGUCCCAUACAAUAAGGGGAUUUGCUGUACCUAUGUUAUGUCGGAAAAAAAUCAGUUAUAAAUUCCUCUGUCCUAGUUAAAAACAAGUUAUCAUCCAAUAGGCUUUGAUAAAAUUUCCAAUAUCCUCGCCCACGUGGAAAUUCAGUAAGAGUAAUGUAUAUGCCAAUUAUAUGAUGGUCCGACCGCAUUCUGUCCCCUAUCAACACUUUUUAAACUUUUGGUGCCAACGAGAAUGACAUAAGAAAGAAGUCAAGACGACUAGCUUGAUUGAUUCUCCGCCAUGUUUAUCUCACUAGAUCAGGAUAUUUAAGCCUCCAUAUAUCUACUAGUUCUAAUGUAUCUAUGACAUUCACGAUUUCCUUAAGAGCAUGAGGGUGAUUGUUUGUAGUGUGAUUUCCUUUACGGUCCAUUGAGCUAUUUAAAACGGUAUUAUAUUCUCCCACCAUAAUAAUAGAGUCUUGAAUUGCUUGCAAGGUCGAUAAUGUAUUAAAUAUAUUUUCUAAGAAGUGUGGAUCAUCAUUAUUUGGUCCAUAAAGGUUAAUGAGCCAUAUUUGUUUAUGGUCCAAUAACAUAUUUAAAAUAAUCCAUCUACCUAGCGUAUCUCUUUGGACAAUUUGCACAUUCGGAUCGAAAUUACUGUUAAUUAAUAUCAUCACCCCUUUUGAGUUUCUUAGCCCAUGGGAGAAGUAUAUUUCGCCCCCCCCAUUCCUUUUUCCACGCAACUUCAUCUCCUUCUACUGUUGUUACAACAAGUCUUCUACUGUUGUGGGCCUCUGUAGUUGUCCGGUGACUUGUCAUGUAGUCCUGAACAGAACUACAGAAUGGAUUUUCCUUCCACUCGUUCUGGAAGAUUGGUUCUGUGAAGAUAGGCUAGCCAGCCGUGUCCAUGGUUCCCCAGUGGGGUGAUGAGAGUAGCUUAGUAGGAUGGUCCCACUUAAAUUCACUUUUCCAGAUAUUGUACUUAGGACAGCUAAUCAGCCGUACCAGUGAUUGUCUGAGAGGGGAGUUUCCUUCUCCACCUCGUGUUGUUAUUCAGAGUUUAAACAACUUCACACAUGCAGCUGCAGCCUGGCGAUGUUCUGGUCUCAUAUGUUCCAACCCUUUUUAACUUGUAGCGGCUGCUUCACGUCUUUCUGGCCUAAAGGUUCAUUUCUCUACUAAGCCUUUAUGCACUCUGGUCGAAAAAGGGACGGUUCCGUCACGUUGACACGCUCUCUGACCUCACUCAAGUGGGGGGCGGUGACUACUCACUUGUACAAAGUUAGAGAAACAAUUUCCUCUUAUAGUUUCUAAGAUCACAUCCCUCUCUUAACAAAAACACUUUCAUCAUUGUUCAUACUUCAUACACAGCGUAGAGGAUGGACACUUCACACAGUUAGUGUGUAUACUUUUCAAGUCACAGUAUUUCCUUUAGAACAUUUUUAAUGACAUCACAAAAUAACCCAUAUUACAUUAUUAUUCUUUAGAUCGCCUCUGAACAGUCCCCACGUUCUACGUUAGAAAUAUUGUUGCAGUAUUCGUGUUAGAGUUUCGGCGGGAAAAGUCUGUAAACAAAGACAUUCCUUUCGUUAAUACUGGAGGGGGAGAGAGAGUCUCCUUCUCCUUAUAUUUACGACAGGCCGUGAGGUGUCAAAACCCCACAGUCCCCCCCCCCCCCCCCCCCCCCUCCCCCCCCCCCUCUGCGGGUGGGAGGAGAUCUGGAGUAAGCUCUCCCUGCAAACCUGAUCUGCCCAUUUGGAUCCUCCCAGGACAGUCAUGACAAUGCCCACAGCAGGCCUGGAGGUGAGAGGCUGCACCACAUGUUGGAGCUCACUGAGCGCAGGCAGAAGGGUGAAGAUGGCCCUAGUCACUGAUCUGAGGUCAGAGGUUAGAAUAGAGCAGUGGGGACCAGGCCAAUAGCAGAGCUGGGAGGAAAGGCAGACAAACAAUGAGCUGACCCUGUGUAGUGGAACACUUUUAUCAGCUCAUUGUAUCAGUGUGUACUGUACUGUAGGAGAUUAGAAAAUUUCAAAUCCAUGCUGUCAUUUGCACAUUUGUAGCCUGUGGUGUUUUCAGAGGCUGACUCUGUCCAUGUAUUGCUGAAGUUAGACAUUACCGCCCCCUAGUGGGUGUUGGUACCAGUACACUGUGUUUAUCUACAACGAUAUCUCAUCCUCUCCCUGUCUCUCCGCAGCCUACCUGAAGAGGCGCCACAGCUCGCUGAGUGACGGCCAUUCUGUGGACGGUGGCCUGGCAGGGCCGGACUUCCUCCAGAGCUCCAGCCCCCAGCACCAGCGGCCUCCUCAGCUGUACCAGAAGAAAGUCCGGGUGGUCCUGGGUCCCGAGGAGAAGGAGGCUCUGAAGAGUGCUUACCAGGAGAAGCCCUACCCGUCCCCCAAAACCAUUGAGGAGCUGGCCUCCCAGCUCAACCUCAAGACCAGCACCGUCAUCAACUGGUUCCACAACUACAGGUCAGUUUACUGCACUGCAAAGUAUGACAGCAACCCGUUAGAGAUGGCCGACGUCAACCUUUGUUCUACCGGGAUUAUCUGCCCAUCAAAUAUGGUGAUGUACGAUGCUAUUUUCCUUACUGUUGUAGAAGGUCUAUAAAUAAAAAAUUUUGCCAACACAGCAGUUGGGAUAUAGCGCAAAAUCAACUGCGACUGGACGAAAGAUAAUGCUGUUAAAACAAGAGGCUAAGUGCAGGCAAUGGCAAAUCUGUUCUAGUAAUCCUUUCUGGUGGUGGAGUAGGUGUGUGUGUGUGUGUGUGUGUGUGUGGGUGGGUGUGGUUGUGCUUGUGUCCGGGUGUGUGGGUGUGUGUGUUCUGUGUCCGUCUGUGGCCCCAACACAUGAUGGAGCAGUGACUGUCUGAUGAUGAACGGGGCUGUCUUACCGUAGUGACAUCAUGGCCUGGAUAGACGCAGUCUACCGUCUUCACCACUGGAUAAUAAUAACGCUUUAUUUGCGUCAGAAAAUAAUAUAUAAAUAAAUAAUAUUGUUUGUUCUGUCUCUCAUAAAGCUGUGAUUGAUGAGAAUAUCCAAGGCUUAGGCCAUAGACUGUCAUUCUUGUAAUUUUUGAAAGCCACAACAACUUUAGGACAACACCUACGUAGGCGUGAAUUUUUGGGGAAAUAAGCUACUGUUCAUAACCUUAGCUUGUAUUAAAGCUUUUAUGAUAGGCCAGUAGGAGAAAUGAGGACAUUUGGUUUUCAACCUCACAUGGAGGGAUUUUCCCGGCCCGCGUGGGAUCAUAUCUUUCUUAAUAAGCUGUAACUUGAUUAAACUGGUCAUUCGAUGUUUCUAUAGGCUAUUGAUAUGGUUUGUUCUCUCUCUCGUUAUUGGUCCCCUGGCUACCUUGCAUUUUUAUGCUAUUACAAUACCUUUGAGAAAUGGAACACUGUUCCAUUGAAUGUUUGGUCAGGAGAAAGCCAUGAAUAAAACGAAAACGUAGCCUUCAGCCGUAUUCACUGCCUUUCCAAUAGGCAGAAAAGGGAAGGUAGACUCGUUAAAUUUUUUUUACCGUUGGACACAAGAUAGUUAGGGAGUGUCUGUUUAUAAAAAAUAAAAAAUAAAAUAAAUACAAUUUACAGCUAUAGUCUUAAGGACCCCAUGCAUCUGACAGAGAGAGAGAAACAAUAUUUUAUUUUAUUUCUGGACAUUUUGCGCUGCUUUGGUGGAACUCCCCGCUCUGUCUAUCCUACAUUAUUCUCUUGCGUUCUGUAUAUAACAUAUUGAUUGAAAUAGGCUACAGCCAAUAGGAAUAGGCUAAUUACUGCUGUGAGCUGCGUUUUGUACUGCUUUACUGCACGGCGCCAGUCAAGUUCAACUAGGCUAAACCGUCGUCUGUCACAACCAUCGUCUGUCACAUCACAAUGUCUUCACCAUCGUCGAUGGCUGUCGUAAUAUCGCCCAACCUAGUCUUAACCCCCUGCUCUCCGUCCCUCCCCAGGUCUCGUAUCCGCAGGGAGCUCUUCAUAGAGGAGAUUCAGGCUGCAGGGUCAGCGGCAGCAGCUAAAGCCGGGGAGGGGGACAGCUGUGACGGGACAGAGUCAGACGGCACGGUGGAGGGCCGCCACGGGGGGCACAGAGGAGCCUCUGAGGACCGGGACAUGGAGGCCGGGGUUGAAGCCAGGCUGUCAGGUGGAUCCCCUGCCCAGAGAAACUGCACUACCUCAGGCUCGGCCGGGCCGGGCUCCAGCAGCAGCAGCCUCUUCAGUCUCCCUGAGGCAUGUCUCUGUCUCUCAGCCCCCUCCAGUCACACCUCAACCCCGGCUAAGAACCCCAGGGACAAUACCCUGCGCAAGAAGAAAGCUGCCAACCUCAACAAUAUAAUCCACAGACUGGAGAAGGCUGCUGGCAAGGAAGACCCCUCUGAGUGGGAGUUCUGA